AUGGGACCAGCCAAUACAUCCCAAAUAUCACCAAACACCUUCUUGCUGAUGGGCAUCCCAGGACUAGAACAUCUGCAUGCCUGGAUUGGGAUUCCCUUCUGCUGCAUGUACGUGGUGGCCUUGAUGGGGAAUGUGACCAUCCUGGCCGUGGUGAAGGCAGAACGAAGCCUCCACCAGCCUAUGUUCCUGUUUCUGUGCAUGCUGUCAGUCACUGACCUGGUCCUCUCCACAUCCACGCUGCCCCGCAUGCUCUGUCUCUUCUGGCUCAGAGCCCGUGAUAUCACCAUUGAUGCUUGCUUGACCCAAAUGUUCUUCAUCCACAGUGUUACUGCCAUGGAAUCCGGCUUCUUCCUGGCCAUGGCCAUUGACCGCUAUGUGGCCAUCUGUGACCCACUGCGCCACGCCACCAUUCUCACACACAGUCGCAUUGCCAACAUUGGAGCUGCUGUAGUCCUCAGGGGAGUGGUCUUCUUUUUUCCACAUCCCAUCCUGCUCAAACAACUGCCCUACUGCAGAACUCGAAUCAUUGCACACACUUAUUGUGAGUUCAUGGCCGUGGUGAAGCUGGCGUGUGAAGACACAGGGACCACCAAGCGCUACAGCCUCAGUGUGGCCUCUGUUAUUGGGUCCUGUGAUGGCUUUUUUAUUGCUGUCUCCUAUGUUCUAAUCCUCAGAGCUGUCUUUCAUCUUCCAUCACAGGAAGCAAGUCUUAAAGCUCUAGGCACGUGUGGUUCCCAUGUCUGUGUCAUCCUCGUUUUCUAUUUCACGGCUGUCUUUACCUUCCUGACCCACCGCUUUGGCCAUAAUGUGUCUCCCCAAAUUCAUAUUUUCAUUGCCAAUAUGUACCUUCUGGUACCACCCUUUCUUAACCCCAUUGUUUAUGGUAUUAGGACCAAGAAAAUUCGAGACCAUGUCAUUAGUUCUCUAAAGAUAAAAGUUGCUCGACUAAGCUAA